GAAAAUUUCCAUCAUUUUUGCAAUCCUAUCCACUUCUAAUAACGGCAAGAUCUCAUGCUUUCUAUAGGACAUGAGCAUCUUUUAGUAAAAGGUCGAUACGUUGGAGGUUUAACUUGUGAUGUUUGUGAUCGAUCCUAUCGUGACGGCAUCUCUCGUGACCUAUCCAUUCAAGAUGGCUUCUCUUGCCAUGAAUGCGAUUUUAGCGUACACACGAAAUGUAUUUACGUGUUCGACAUACUAGAGACCACCAAGCAUCCUUCUCAUGAUGGUCACUUUGUUAGACUUCUCACAACGGGGGCUCCUGAUCACACCGAUCCGAAAUGCCAUCUAUGCGGUGAAAAUACUAAACGUCUUCUUUAUCAUUGUUCCAUUUGUGAUCUCAAUUUGGAUAUAGGUUGCAUGGUUGAUGCCUUGUCCCAACUGAAUAUGCCGUGGCACUAUCAUCCUCUACUCAUGCUUGAUGUUGGUAACUAUAUGCUGUGUGAAGUUUGUGGUAACCCUGGCAAAUAUGGUUACUGUUGCCCUCGUUGUUCGAUGAUGGUUCAUGAGAAAUGUGUCUCCGCAUUUGACUCAAUAGAGAUCACUUGCUCUUGUCAUACCAAACACUCUCUCAAGCUUCUCACUGAAGGUGCUCCUGACUAUACUGAUCAGAAAUGUCAUUUAUGUGGAAAAGAGACUAAAAAUUUACUUUAUCAUUGUGAUAUUUGUAAGUUCAAUAUGGAUAUGGUUUGUGCUAUUCAGUCUCCCAUACCAUUAGCUCUUUCAAAUUUGAAGGUCCAUGAGCAUACACUCACACUCAUCCCAAGAUUGAUCUCUUUCGUUUGUGAUGGUUGUGGAGAGAAAGGAGACCGAUCUCCUUAUGUUUGUUUUCAAUGUGAUCUCAUGUUCUUCCAUCAAGAAUGUGCUCACUUACCACGUGUUAUUCAUGUCAAUCGCCAUGAUCACCGAGUUUCUUACAAGUAUCCUCUUGGUCCUGGAGAUUGGAGAUGUGAGAUUUGUUUGAAAAAUAUUGAUUGGUCAUAUGGGGCUUAUUCUUGUUCCUUAUGUCUUCAAUAUACUCUUCAUUCAAGAUGUGCAACAAGUAAACGCGUGUGGGAUGGGAUAGAGCUUGAUGGAAUACCUGAAGAAGUUGAAGAUAUUGAGCCCUUCAAGAUGAAUGAUGACAACACAAUAACUCAUUUCGCUCAUGAACAUAACAUGAGCCUCAACAAAGACGGUGUUGCUUUAGAGGAAAGUAUUUUGUGUGGAGGUUGUGUUCGUCCCAUUGGCUCUGACUCAUUCUACAGCUGUUCAGAAUGCAGUUUCAUCCUUCAUGAAAUCUGUUCUAAUCUCCCAAAGAAGAAGCGGCACUUUCUAAGCCCACAACCUCUUAGUCUUAUCCUCAAUAAAGAUAAUGGAGGAGGAUUUUGUUGUGCUUGCUGUCUACGUUGCUGUGAUGGAUUCAUGUAUACUGAUGGAAACAAUACCUAUGAUUUACUAUGCAGUUCUAUCACUAUGCCUCUUAUCCAUGGAAGUCAUCCGCAUCCUUUACUCUACCUCGAAAGAGAUGAUUAUGGUUACAUGGACGCAUGCAACUGUUGCAAAAAGGGUGGUGAACUCGACCUUGGUUGUAGCCAAUGCAAAUAUUAUUUGGAUUUUCUAUGCGCAACUUUACCAGUAACGGUAAGUCUCCACAGGUAUGAUGUUCAUCCACUCACUCUUUGUCACGGUGAAAAGGAAACUAGAGGAAAGUAUUGGUGUGAUAUAUGUGAAAGAGAAACAAAUCCAGAGACUUGGUUCUACACAUGUUAUGAUUGCGGAGUGACUCUGCAUGUUUCAUGUGUGGUUAGUGACAUAAGGUACGCAAAACCAGGAGGAAAGACCAUAGGUGACAUUGAAUUGGUGCUUAACAAUACAUCUUCAAGACCACUUUGCAACAACUGUCAUUGUCGCUGCUUGGCUCCCUUUUUUCUUGUUAACGAAAGCGGAUUAUAUUGUUCUGUGUAUUGUUUGGAAGGUGUUCAGGAGGAGGUAUCAUCUAGCGACGUGUUCUCAGGGUAUUUUAGUUUUUAAAAGAAUAUGUGUGAGAGAACGCAAGGGAGUGAUAUUUUUCGAAGUGUUGAAACUCUUGUAUUCAAUAUGAAGGGAAUAAGAAAUUUAAUAUUUC